AUGAGUUUACGGCCGAGCAUCUUGUUACACCAUUGCAACCAAAAUCAGACAAGCAAGACAACCUCGCCUAUGUACACUCCGUAA